CUUCAGCGGUAGAGUGUCGUAGGUCUCAGCAGAACGUCCUGUCAGGAGGUCUCCUCUGCGUUUUGGUUCACGGGGGGGGAGGAAGGAAGGGGUCGUCGUCUGUCCAGACAACUCACUUUCUCAAUCUACUGUCUCCGCUGGGUUCUGUCCACCGGCUCGGACACAGCAUGGACUGCAUGGCCGCUGGUUACAAACACGCUGCCUUGGAGAAGAAAAGCGAAGCUGACUGUUUCCAGUCCCGGACCGCUGAUGAGACCUGCGUGGCGGUGAAAAUUGAACCCUCCAGAGCUCUGGGCAGUAGCCCGGAGUGCGAGCACAGCAACCCGCCCAGUGUGCACGCGUGUCUGAGUCGAGCGAGCGGUGGGACGACUGACAGGAGCGGCAAAGGGGUCAAUGGAAGAUGCUCGUUCGGCAGGCCCCGGCUGCUUUCUAAACCAAAAGUGCCUCAUAAGCCGCUACAUCUCCAGAGCCCGGUGACGAAUGUCAAGUCCCCGCUGGCCCACAUCCAGAAAGCACCACUAAAACCGGGCAUGGAGGAGAGAGGAGGAGGAGGAGGAGGAGGAGGAGGAGGAGGAGGAGGGAGAGGAGCUGUGAAACGAGAGAAAGUCAGGGAGAUACACUCCAAAGUCUCAGACCUCAUCCACCGCUUUGAGGAGAACAGCAGCAGCGAGAGCAAGAGAGACGGCUCGCCGCUCAAACACAUCAGCAAGCCGUCCAUCGGCAGCCCGGCUCACCGCGCCCGCCACAGGCAGACGGAGACCGCCGGCACUCAGGAGAACCACUCGUCCGCACCCACCUCGCCGCAGGAUGCCGACAAACCGCCGACUAACGGAACGCUAGUUCAGAUGGAGCGGGACGAGGAAGAGGGCAAGGUGGAUAACCUCGAGGAGAGGACCAAUGACAGUGUGAGGGUAGAGACUGAUGGGCUGGUAAAUGGUGAUACAGAACAGACUGGAGAUCAUUCACCUCCACAAACAGACCGGACUGCUACAGAAAGCCCCACUGAGAAGGAGGACAGUGGGACUAAAAUAGAAAGUGAGCAUGGGAACGAAGAAGGGAGCCCCGACCAGAAGGAGACAAAUGAACAGAAGCUGUUCAAGAUCGCCAGUGAGCUGUUGCACACAGAGAAGGCCUACGUAGCACGGCUUAACCUGCUGGACCAGGUAUUCUGUGCCAAGCUCAUGGAGGAGGCAAAUAAAGGGACGUUCCCUGUGGACGUAGUGAAGAACAUCUUCUCCAACAUCAGCUCCAUCAACGCCUUCCACAGCCAGUUUCUGCUUCCGGAUCUGGAGAAGCGCAUGGGAGAAUGGGAGUCCACUCCUCGCAUCGGAGACAUCCUGCAGAAACUCACACCCUUCCUCAAGAUGUACGCAGAGUACGUGAGGAAUUUCGACAACGCCAUGGAGCUGCUGAAACAGUGGACUGACCGGUCGCCUCAAUUCAAGGCCACCAUUCAGGAGAUACAGAGUCAAGAGGCUUGUGGCUGCCUGACGCUCCAGCACCACAUGUUGGAGCCCGUGCAGAGAGUCCCUCGCUAUGAGAUGCUGCUUAAAGACUAUCUGAAGAAGCUGCCUCAGGACGACCCUGACCGACAAAAUUCAGAGAAAUCGUUAGAAAUUAUCGCCACAGCAGCUACCCACUCCAACAGCGCCCUUCGGAAAUCUGAGAAUCUGAAGAAGCUGAUGGAAAUAUACGAGAUGCUGGGUGAGGAGGAAGACAUUGUCAACCCCUCUAACGAGUUCAUCAAGGAGGGCCACAUCCUGAAGCUGGCGGCCAGGAACACCUCAGCCAUGGAGCGAUACCUCUUCCUGUUCAACAACAUGCUGCUGUACUGCGUGCCCAAAUUCAGUCUGGGAGGAACGAAGUACACGGUGAGGACGCGGAUUGGCAUCGACGGCAUGAAGGUCCUGGAAACGACCAACGAGGACUACCCUCACACCUUCCAAGUGUCCGGGAAGGAGAGGACGCUGGAGCUACAGGCCAGCUCGGAGCAGAACAAGGCCGACUGGAUUAAGGCUUUCCGGAAGACCAUUGAGAUCUUCCAGCAGAAAAACGAGUCGUUCAAGAACGCAUUGAAAGACGUGGAGGAAGUGUCGAAUGCAGAGCUGGGGAAGCGCGCCCCUCGCUGGAUCCGCGACAAUGAAGUGACAAUGUGUAUGAAGUGCAAGGAGUCUUUCAACGCUCUGACACGGCGGAGGCACCACUGCAGAGCCUGCGGCUAUGUGGUGUGCUGGAAAUGUUCAGACAAUAAGGUUGCGCUUGAAUAUGAUGGCAACAAGAUGAACAAAGUCUGCAGAGACUGCUUGUCCAUCCUGUCUGGAGAAACGAGAGCCGAGGGCAAGAAGAAGGGCAUCCUGGAGAUCGAGGCGGCUCAGUUCACAGACAGCAGCAUCAUGUGCGGCUUCCUGCAGUACUGUGAGAAGACCAAACCUUGGCAGAAGGUGUGGUGCGUCAUCCCCGAGAAGGAGUGCCUGGUGCUCUAUCUGUACGGCGCUCCGCAGGACGUCAAGGCCCAGUGCACUAUCCCCCUGCUGGGCUACUCUGUGGAUGACAGCGCUCGGCCCACAGACCCCCCCGCCUGCUUCCGCCUCUCCCAGUCCAAGUCCAUCCACAACUUUGCUGCUGAUACUGAGGAGCUCAAGCAGCGCUGGCUGAAAGUGAUUCGAGUGGCGGUGACGGGAGAGGUGCCCGGAUACCCUCUGACCAACGGGGGCAAUGCCAACACGAUGGACAACAACAACACACAAGAAGCGGGUACCGAUACCUCAUAAGGGAGUUCUUACGACAGGCCAAACGAACGGCUGUUGGAUUGCUCGAGAUAGACGUGCAGACGUGUACUGCGCGCACACAAUUCAAAUGCACACUCUCUAUGCUGUCCUUGAACCACA